GGUUCAAAUGUGAAUGUGGAAAAUUAACCUUAUUUAUUAGAACGUCAUGUCAUUUACAGUGUACAUAAUCAAAGUUAUCUUCUUGGGAUCAUUCUUCUUUACAUGUUCUAUUACCUUAACUUUCUAUAAUAAAUGGCUGUUUCAAAAUUUCCAUUUUCCGUUGACGGUAACCUUCAUUCAUUUUUUGACCCAGUUUCUAGGUGCAGCCAUUAUUCGAACACUGAUGUCCUGUUGCUGCUCAAAAAGUCCCCCCAUAGUUCUUAAUUGGACAAUGUACAUGAAAAGAGUAUAUCCUGCUGGACUUGCAGCUGCGUUAGACAUAGGGCUGAGCAACAUGUCCUUGAUGUUCAUAACAGUGUCACUUUAUGUAAUGUCAAAGACAUCUUGUGUAGUUUUUGUUCUAAUUUUUGCGGUUAUUUUGCGCUUGGAAAGCCCUAGAGUGACUACGUUAAUAGUAGUUUUACUUGUCAGUGGGGGAUUAUUUCUGUUCACUUACAAAUCUACCCAAUUCAAUUUAGGAGGAUUCAUUCUUGUUAUUAGUGCGUCAUUUCUGGGUGGUCUGAGAUGGGUAUUACUGCAGAUGAUAACCCAGCGUGAAGAUAUUGGUCUGAAAAAUCCGAUAGACACAACAUAUCACAUGGCGCCUGUUAUGGCGCUGGGUCUAUUGUUACCCGUCUUUCUCAUUGAAGGCGUACCAGCAAGUCUUUCAUCAGAAAUAUUCCGCUAUGAGUCAUAUCUUACUCUGGAAACCACCACCGGAAAAGUAGCUCUUGGAGCGCUUCUGGCGUUUUUGUUAACACUUUCUGAGUAUAUGUUUGUCCAUUACACAUCUUCAUUGACUUUGAGCAUCGGAGGAAUUUUCAAGGAGUUGCUUACUAUGUACUUGGCGUCUGAGAUCAACCAUGAUAAAUGGUCAACAAUGAAUCUUGUAGGAGCAGGUCUGUGCGUUCUGGGAAUCCUCAGCCAUGUGAUGUUCAAAGCAAUUUAUGCCAAGAAUAAGUACGAUGUACAAGGUGCGAGUCCUAGGAAUCCCCGGAUUCGGUCGUCAUCAGAAGGAAUGGGUGCUUUGUUGAAGAGGGAUAGGAAGACGAAACCAUCUUGGGAGGCAAUUGAACUCUUGAAUGGAGACGAUAGCGAUGCGAUAAUUUCGUCGAGCGGAGAAGAAGAGACGAUAUUUCCGAGCGAAGAAAUGACGAGAAAGAGCAACGGACGUUAUGAUACUGAUUAAGAUUAGAUAUUGGUGCAUUUUAUUUUGAUUUGCGUUCAAGGUUUAUGUUGGAAGCAGAAUGACAGAAUGAAUCAAUGAAUUGUAUUUGUAUUCUCUCUUGUUUUGUAAUUGUACUUAUCUGAAAAAAGUUGCUGAACCAAUUCAAACGUGUAGGUACAGUUGGUGAUGUAAUAAAAUUAGUAAAGAUUUUCUGAAUUUUAAUUAGAUUUGCUUGCUUGAAAAUGUAUAACAAAAGGGUGAUUAGAAGUUAUUUGAAUAGCUGUUUUUUCCUUUGUAUCUUAGAUCAGCAUUAAUACUUUUUUCCCGUAAACAACUUGUUCACAGGACUCAUCCUUGGGACUCAUUAAUUUCCUGAUCUUUGUUGGAAACUGCAACAGACACAUUUUGAGCAUGUUAGCAAUUUAAU